AUGAAACCGACCAAGAGCAAGAACCAGCUUAGAAGGGCUAAGAAAAAAGCACAGAAAGCUGAGCCUGCACCAUUACCCAUUGAUAAAGAAGAAACAACGAAGGUGCUCCCGUCAACUUCCACUACACAGGAAUCACCGGCUGACCCCAGCGAUGAUCUCCUCGAGCCAAGUGAUUCUUUGUGGGAAAUGUACAAGGACGUCGCUAGCAAAUUCGACGAAACAGCGAUCGAUAACUUGUCAACCAAGGAGUCUGAGAAACCCCAGGUUUUUUUCGACGACGGCGAUGACAUCCCUGAUGAAGAGCAAGAAAGCGAGCCGAAGAUCUCGAAGAAGAAACGAAAAGAAAUGAACAAACUAUCCGUUGCCGAGUUGAAGGCAAUGGUCCGGAAACCCGAAAUAGUCGAGUGGACAGACACCUCUGCCCCCGAUCCUCGCCUCCUAAUUCACAUCAAGGCCCACCGCAACGUGGUCCCUGUUCCUUCUCACUGGUCGCUCAAACGAGAGUACCUUUCAUCCAAGCGAGGAGUGGAGAAAGCACCAUUUGCGUUACCCAAAUUCAUACAGGAAACCGGAAUUUCCGAAAUGCGCGAUGCCGCUUUAGAGAAGCAAGAACAGUCCUCCUUGAAACAGAAGCAAAGAGAAAGAGUCCAGCCGAAGAUGGGAAAGUUGGAUAUCGAUUAUCAAAAGCUCUAUGAGGCCUUUUUCCGAUUCCAAACGAAGCCAGAGUUGACCCGCUAUGGCGAGAUCUACUAUGAGGGCAAAGAAUACGAGACCAACCUUAAGCACCUUCGCCCCGGUGAAUUUAGUGACGAACUAAGGGAGGCUUUGGGUAUGGCACUGGGAGCUCCUCCUCCAUGGCUAGUCAAUCAACAACGAUGUGGUCCUCCACCAUCUUACCCAGCCUUAAAACUUCCGGGCCUGAAUGCCCCCCCUCCACCUGGGGCGACGUGGGGUUAUCAUCCGGGAGGAUAUGGUAAGCCACCAGUCGAUGAGCACAACCGCCCAUUAUAUGGCGGUGAUAUCUUCGGUGUGCUACAACCCCAGCAACAAACCCAACAAGGAGAGCCGAUUGAGAAGGACCUUUGGGGAGAACUACAGGAAUCAGAAGAAUCUGAGGCGGAGAGCGAGGCAGAGGACGAGGAUGAAGAAGAGGAAGACAGUGAAGUCGAAGCGGAAGGAGACACUCGCUCUCCUAGCGGUCUGCAAACCCCCAGUGGCAUGGAGUCGACAGUUCCCUCCGAAUUUGUCGCUGCUGAAAAUGUUGCUGGGGAGUUUGAUGUGCGCAAGCACCAUCGUGGAACCGAAACCGAGGAAUCUAUUCACCCCCGCAGUGCUUAUCAAGUGAUACCCGAAAGACAAACCAAUGUGGAAGGCUUCUUUGGUGGUGAUAGAGCAUACGAUCUCAGUGGUUCAUCAGGAAAACCUCCGGUACUCGGUGCUGAUGACCAAACCCGAAAGCGUAAGAAGCCCGGGGAUGUGGAAGUUUCUGUCGAUCUGGAUGCGAUUCAAUCCGGCGACGGCAUUAGCAAAGAAAGUCUUCAAAGCAUGUACGAAACACAGAGACAGCAACAAAACCAGCCGAGUUGGGGUUUUCAAGAGGACCUAAGUGACAUGAUUGCACAGGAGAGCCGCAAAAGAUUGCGAAAGGAAGAAGAAAGACGAACCAAGUCUUAA